GGUGCUAAGCAUUCGAACCGUAUUGAUUUAUUUCAACUACCUAGCCGUUUACGCUGGCUGGCGUUACUUAAUAGGCUGGGUAACGCUAUAUAUUAGCUAACAAAUGCUAUGCUAACGUUAACCUUAGCUAACUAAGCAGAGUUAGCCAGCAGCAGAGUUGGGACAGAUCUGAUAACGUUACUAGUGACCGAUUAACGUUGACUGUUUAACACCACGACCGUGUUGCGUGGUAAUUUAUUUAUAUGCAGUUUAUCGUAUAGCAUCGCUCAGCUAACGGUAGCUAGCUUGGUGAAACGUGCAUGUAACGCUGCUGUGUGUUGGGUUGAUCUGCUGCAGUGUAUGUGGACCAAUUGGUGGAAUAAUGUCAAACUGGGUACUUUGCAAGAAUAGUGCGUUGCUGUCAUUCACCUGAGAAGUGUUUUUACAGUGAAUUAAUGUUAAAUGUCUGUGCGCGGGUCCGUAAUUGAUGUUGAGCGGUUAUGUCAGUGGGAACACGUUAACGGGGUAGCUCUGAGUUUGUGCACGCGGGGAUUCAUUUUUUUGGGUGUUUUAUUUAAGUUGUGUAGUGGUUGAACGUGUCGUAAGGUUGAAUAUCUGUUGAGAUUGUAAACUUCACUUUCAUCCAGCAUUGGCCUGUGUGGAUGCGCAGCAGUCUGGGAGAAGUACAGAUGAAGUUAUUUUUACACCGUUAUAAAUAAUUCAUUUACCAAAGCGGACGCAUUUUUAUAAAAGAUUCAGCAUAACAUGGUUCAUAGUUAACGGAGUCAUAUUUUUUCGUGUCUAAAAGCAGUUUAUUUUAAGUCAUUGGUUGCAUCUUGAAUGGGGAACUAUUUCGGGGUUUAACGUCUGACAGAUAUUGUCAGUGCUACAGGUAUAAAUAUAUAAAUGGAGGUUUAAGCUUAAAUUCUCUGGAAGUCUAAUACAACAGCCCUGCAAUUCAUCUGUUACAUUAUGUUGCAUGCAUUAUUCUGGAGGUGUUUUAUGCUAUAUUUGUCACACCUUUUUAUAACAUUAUGGCUUAACUAAAUAUUAGAAACGUAUCACAAUACAAACAGCCUCACUAACGCACCUCCAAAAAAAGCAUACAGCCGAAUCAUUACAACUUUCUCGAAGGUCCGGUGUGUUCCUGUGCAAAUACCAGUGAACCCUCAGCAAGAACACUGAAAACUGCACCGCUGUAACUUCAUGUGUGACGAAAAAAACUCAUUGAAGAAGGGAAGACUCAUUUGACUGUCUCUGAUUUUUCAAAACGGGGGGGGAAAAAAGAAGUGGAUUGAGCUAUCUUGAGGAUUUAUUUUUGAACGCGUUUGAUUUUUUUGCUGAAGAACUCUUGUUCAUCAUUUGACACGGAGACCUUUGGACUUGUGGAAUAUUUUUGUGAAGCUUUGGAGCUUGCAUAUCUAUGAAAUCAGAGCUAUACCCUUUAUCUGCUUCAAUCCGAAAACAGCACAUAAUUAAAUGGGCGUCUUACAAAUGUGAUAUUAAAACAUAUAAAGAUAAAAUCAGCAUUAUAAUGCAUCAUCCAGCAGCAUCUCUAUUUCACUAACCCAAACUAAAAAUGACGGCAAUGUAACAUCGGGUUUUACUUCCUUCAUUGUCAUGUGACUUUGAACCUUUGGAACAUUGUUUUUUUCAAACUCGGACUGUCUUUUUCAUCAGUUUAAUGAGGUGAGCAGUGGUUCUCAGUGACCUCCAUUGCCAAUAAAAGACUGUCUAUUAGCUCACUUUUUUUCUUUUCUGCAUGUGUUCCGGUCGAUCCUAAAAUGAUUCGUUAAAGGUGAGUCGACGUGAAGACGUACUGGCACGCAGUGUGGCAGGAUAACACCCGUCUGCUUCCUUUCAUCUGGUGUCGGAUUGGAACUGCUACAAAAUCUGCUGUCCUUGUUGCAGGGCGACCGACUUUCACAGAUUGCUUCCUUAUAUUAAUUAUAACACAACCUGGUUCUUCCUCACCGGUGGGACACAUCACCUGUCAAACCAUUUCAGCAUAAAAUCCAAUCAGGUUUUGAGUCUUACUCCAGACAAUAAGAGAUAAUGACGGAUUAGUUUCGCUUUGGGGGGAAAAAACAACCUGGACUGUAAACGGCAGCACACAGACGUGACCUCCACAGGAGCCGUUUGGGAAUCCGGUUCCAGUAGGAGAGUCGGUCCUUCAUAGACCUCCUUCAAAAAUCUACUUCUCGCCCCGGCAAGUUUUCUGGAUCGCCAUUCCAGAGCAUUCCUGCAACCUUGUCGACCGAUCUCUGUGUUUCAUCCUGGACGGAGGGAUCUGCCUCUGGGGAAAGGGGCUGUGCUGUCCUGGAGGAGGUGGAGAGCGGGUCGUCUGUGUGCUGCUCUCUGUGAUCGGUGCCAACGGGCCUGAGGAACCGAGCCCAGCCGGACCGAGAGAGGAGGCAGAGGACUUCAGAGCCACAGACUCUGGGAUCCUGGCCAUGAGGUUUGAUGCCUCGAUCCACUGACCGGAAACACUGGACCUAAAUGGCGCAGCAUGACUUUGUCCCUGCCUGGCUUAACUUCUCCACUCCCCAGCCUGCCAAGUCCCCUGCUGCCAACCUUGACAAACAAGGUGAGCCCCACCACCACAGAGACGGCAGAAACUCUGUGAGCCGCCGACGCCACAACUCCUCCGAUGGCUUCUUUAACAACGGCUCCCUGCGCGCUCCAGCAGGUGACGGAUGGCAGCAGCCCUCUCUGCUUCUGAGGCAUGACUCGGUGGACUCGGGGGUGGCCAAAGGAGGGCACGGCGGGCUGGCGGGGGGCUCCUGUUGGAAGGAAACACCCAGCUGGCACGGAGCGCCGCGGGGUGCCCAGGACGGCCACCACCACCACCAGGGACGCCACCCCAAGCGGGUAGGAGUCGACAGGGACAGGCAGGUGGGGCACCGGCAGCGCAACGGCAACUUUCAUCCCCGCAAGGGCCCCUCGUAUCAGGACAAGUUCCCCAACGAGGAACGCAAAGACAGCAAGGACGACAAGCUGAAGUUUGUGGAAGAGGACUUUCCUUCCCUCAACCCUGAAACAACUGGAAAGCCUGGGACUCCUAUGCGAGCAGUGGCUCCCCAUGCUGGAGUGUGGGAAAACCCCCCGAGUGGCAAACAGAUGGUGUCCAAAAUGCUGGUUAUCAAGAAGGUUUCCAAGGAUGAUUCCAGCACGGCCUUCUCUGCUGGGUUUGCCAUUGCUGGCGCCUUGCCCACCAAUGGCAGCAAAGUUCCCAUUUUAAGCUCCAGCAUCUACAAGAACCUGGUCCCAAAGCCUGCCGUGGCCCCCACCAAGAGCACCCAGUGGAAAUCCGGUGGUAGAGAGAUCACGAAGUCCGGCCUUCACAUGCCGGGCCGAGAUUCCGUCUUCACCAGCCCCGUCUCUGCAGCCAAACCCAGCACCCCCGUCAGUGCACCACUGCACAACACCCCGAAAGAGCACCCUUCCAGCACGACUCCUCCCAUAGACAUCGCCCCGUCGAGGCUGAAGCUAAUGCGGCGCGGUCCGGACCGCAAGAGCGAGUUCCUGCGAGCUCUGAAGGACGAGGGCACCGGAGAGCUGGUGACGAGCAGCAGCCCAGGAACAUCAGGAGAGGGUGACAGCAGCACCCCAGAGCCCAAAGCCUACAGCGAGGAAGUCUGCCACGAGAAUGGUCUGUCCUACUCCCUCAGUGACUCCGACACUGAACACCUGUCCAGUUCCCUGGAGGCAGAGCACAGGUUGCUGAAGGCCAUGGGCUGGCAGGAGUACCCAGAAAAUGAUGACAACUUCCUGCCUCUGACUGAGGACGAGCUGAGAGAGUUCCAGACUAAAACUGAACAGCUGAAGAGGAACGGCAUGCAGAGGAACGGGGCUCUCCCGAGGGCGCGGGGUGUGACCCUCCACUUCACCCCCUGGAGGAGUGUGGCCGAGGCGCACGUCGAGGAGGGCUCCGAGUCGGAAACCAGUAGCAGCAGCCAGACCUCCGACGACGACGACUGCAUCAAAUCCUAACGUGGCUUUACGGAACAAAAGAAAAACAUCAAACGACACAAAUGCCAACAAAACAUCCCAGCAAGCAAAUCCCCCCUCUUCCUCUCAUCUUUUGUUUUUAGAGCACCAUUUUGAAUUUCUUUUGUUUUGAUUUUUUUUGUUGUUUUUUUUGUUGUCAUUCUUGCACAAGGGAAAAACCAAUCAUAUCCCAGUGAAGGGGGAGAUUCCUGCUCCGCCAGACGUUGUUUUCCCUGCGUUUCCUCCUUCACUGCAGUCCCGGUCCUCUUCGAAUCCCCUCCUCUUCCUCCCCUUCUUCCUUUUUUCUUCCUCGCUUUGUGGAAGUGACGUGUUCAUCAAGAAAAGAAGGGCAAUGAAUGCACACUUGAUUCUGCUUUAAACAGACUAACUCAUUUCAUUGAUGAUGCUGAUGACACAUUAUUAAUGAUAUUAAUAAAAAUUGGUUCCUGACAAGCUGAUAUGUUUCAAUAUGAA